AUUCGAUCAUCGAUUUUCGGCAUCCGAAAGCACCGGAGUACGAUAGUUGGCAAACUUAGGGUCAAUUUUCGGAGUUCCACCGCCUCGGGUGAUAGCAAUCGUAGUUCUGGGAGCAAAGGCAGUAAGGAACCAAUGUUCUCGGGAUCGAGUUGGGAUGAGCGCAAAGGUGAAAAGCGAAUGCUGCGAAACAGUGAGAACAACAUAAACACUGGUGUCAAUUAUCAAAAAAGCAGCAGAAUAACUACAACAACAACAACAACUUCAUCUAGUAAACAGAGAAAUCGCAACACGGUCUGUGAUUGCACAGUCCACGAUGAAAAUGGUAAUCGUGGUGGGUCCACUACUACAACAACUAGUAGUGGACUUGCAGCAUUGUCAGCUCCACGAGCAGAAAGGCGCAGAAAUACCAGGAGAAGUGUUAAUUUGAAGCUUACAAAGGCCGCAAGCUUCGGUGCCGUGGCCAAAUCGCGGCGAACGUUUUUCGGUUCUGUGCUUACUGGUGGAGGUGGUUAUCUGUCGGACGCAACUUACAACGGCCCGAAUGAAGAUGCUGCGGACCACGGCUCGCCUGCUAGCGGAGCACAUCAAAGUGGACAACAUCAGCAGAGCGGAAAUCAGCAAGGAGAAUCUGUGGAGAAGGAGAGCACAGCGGACAGUUUCCUAAAUCACGAGAGCUUCGAGACGCGUCCCUUCGACUGCGCGUUUUGGACGAAAGUGCAGACCGCAAGGGGCACGCGAACGCGGUACUGGAACUGGAAGAGUGUGGAUCAUUUGGACGAUCUCGAUUUUGCGGCCAAGGUGUUCGCCGAAUCUCCACUCUUGUAUUCCUCUCUAGUCCAGUUGCGGGAAGCGCGAGGCGAAGAGGGCGGAGAG